GAUGGAAGUUAUGGUACUGAUGUAACCAGGUGCAUAUGUGGUUUUACACAUGAUGAUGGAUACAUGAUCUGUUGUGACAAAUGCAGCACUCUGGAGUCUCCUUGAACCAGAACCACAGUCUCCCCUCCCCCAACCCUGGUUCAGCCACCAAGAAAGGCCUCCUCCCCUGGAGAAGGUGUGAUUGGGACAGAAAGUGGGGUUUUGUUUCAUUUUUUUUUCCUGUUUUUUUUUUUUUUUGAUUGUGGGGGAAGGAUUUGGGGAGGAUGAAGAGAGAACAGUAGGAUUUCAGCCUGAAAGUUACUGAGUUUAUCCCCUGCAUAGGGUGGUAAGCGGAGAGUACUUACGCAGUGCAUUGUAGAGGGCAAGAAAGUUCGGGAGCUUUACAGAAUUUCCUGGGUCUGGUCAUUAUGGUGUUGCUUAAUUAUUUGAUGUGAUGUAGUAUGGCAUAUACCCAUAUUUGAAUGUAAGUAUAAAAAUGGACCCUAAAGCCAAUUUUUAUUAUUUGUAAUAUUAUCCCCAUCUAUUAGAUUAGGUGAUUAGGAGUUGAAUAUUAUUGAUACAAACAUGCAGUUAGCAUUAUGUUUCAAAAAGUUUGUUUACUCUUGCCAAAAAAUGAGAAAUUCAAAUAUUAAGUGGAAUGUAAAAUUUGAUAUUUUUAUGGAAAGUUGUAAUAUUAACACUUUGAGUUUAUCUUAAUAAUAAAAACAUUGUAGUACCUUUCCAAAUGUAAAAAUAAACUUUCAUUACCUGUAACACAUUCUACCAUGAAUAAUGACUUCAGUAAAUUUAUUUAGGAGGUAAAUUAAAAAACUAAAAAUAACUUCAGUGACACUUUGCUUUCGUCAUAGUAGAAAAUGUCUAAUGUCAAAAAUUACAUACUAUUUGGUAUGUAAUUUUUAUUUUAAUACAUAAUCUUAGCAGUGUUUUUCUUUUGAUAUAAUGGCGAUGGUCUAUAUAUAAGAUACAGUUAUCUCUAUUAGAGAAUAGUAAAAUUGUCCUUAGGAGUUUUUAUAUCCAUCUACAAAUUAUUGAAGGACCAGUUCACAGUUUUUGGAUUAUUCAAGUUAUUUGCUUCUCAGAGAGUACUUUUUGUUAUGAAUCCAAUAUUUGUUACUCUGUUUUUCUGUUGCUCAGCCUGUAGUCUCCUGGAAGGCUCUAUUCUUACUUUACGUUGGCUCAUUGUUUUUACAUGUUCCUACUACUUAUACUCAUCUCUUUGAAGUCUGACAUCCACAGCUCUGAUUAUUUAUUCAUAUUCUAGCUUUGUUUCUUCUGUUGUCUGCAUGCCAUCAUUACUUGCCCCACAAAUUUAAUUUAAUUUGUUACUCUAAGCCUUGUCAUUUGCGCUACUUUUCUUUGUCACAUCUGUUUUGCACUUUGAUAUAUAUUUCACAUUCUGUCAGUUCUUGCCCCAACAUUCUCAGUUGAAAAGUAAAGAACAACACAGUAGCAGUUAGUUUGGUACAGUAGUCCCUCUUUUCCCCUGGGGUAUAUGUUCCAAGACCCCCAGUAGAUGCCUGAGACUGCAGAGAGUACUGAACCCUACCGUACUAUGUUUUUUCUAUACAUAAAUACCUAUGAUAAAGUUUAAUUUAUAAAGUAGAUGCAGUAAGAGCUUAACAACAAUUAUAACAGCAUACUGUAAUAGAAGUAAAUGUGGUCUUUGUCUCUCUCCUUCUCUCUCUCUCUCUCUCUCCUUCUACCCCCUCUCUCCCUCUCUCUCCUUCUACCCCCUCUCUCCCUCUUCCUGAAAAUAUCUUAAUAUUUUCAGACUGUGGUUGAACACAGGUAAAUGAAACCACGAAAAGCAAACCAUGGAUAAGGGGGAAGCUACUGUAGUUACAUAUUAGAAGUAGUUUAUUCUUAUGCAAAGAAUAACUAAGACUGUUUUUGGAGUCAGGCAUAUGUAUCAACUUUAGACAAAUUAGUCUUGGCAAUAAAAUACAAUAAUAACAAAUUGAGAAAUUUGCCUCAAACUGGUCCAUGUAUUCCAUUAAAAGUAAUUAGGUUUAAUCUCUGUUCUCAUAGAAUGCCUCUUACAUUCUUUAACUUAUUUUUCUCUGGCGUUAAUUCUGGUUCUGCCCUCCUUUUAACUCAAGUGUGGAAUGUUGGAAAUGACUCUUUAGUUGGUCUUUCUGCUUGCAGUUUCUUAACUUCUUUGAAUUAAUACUACAUGCCACCAAAGCACCUCUAAAAAAUUGUUACCUGUUGACAGAGGAAAUUUACACACGUCUACACAUUCCAAGUCCUAAGUAAUCUGACUGUACCUCACUAAUCCAAUUUUAACCUCCUAUUUCUCAAAAUGAAUAUUUCUCUUCAUAUAUGUUGAGCGCCUUGUGGCCACCUUCUCUUCAUAUCUGAUAAAUGAUAUUUGAUAAAUGUUGCUACAGUGGUAGCUUACUAUUUCCCAAAUGAGGUUCGAGUCAAGUUCAUUAUUCUCCAAGGUGCUUUUCUCAUUAAUUACAAGUAGUGUGGCCAUCUCUACAUUGUGAUUUCUAAUAAUAUUUGUAGAAUAAAUUAUACAUUUUAUAUUUUAAAAUUGUAUUUGCUUUAAAAAUUUAUGUAUCCUAUAUUUAUCCUCUUGCUUUUGCAUCUCAAAAUUUUAUCGCCUUGAAGACAUGUUUCUAUGAAUUUCUCAGAGUACCUUUUAGGAGUGCUAAGCUCAAAGUAGGUGCUUAUUAAAUGAUAGUUAAAUGGAAUAUCAAAUCUUAAUUUAAGGAUGGCAAAUAAUAUUCUGUAUGUUCUGCUUUUUUUUUUUAAGCGUUUGGCAACAUAUUGACUGCAUGGGGAUUGAUAGGCAGCAUAUUCCUGAUACAUAUCUAUGUGAACGUUGUCAGCCUAGGAAUUUGGAUAAAGAGAGGGCAGUGCUACUACAACGCCGGAAAAGGGAAAAUAUGUCAGAUGGUGAUACCAGUGCAACUGAGAGUGGUGAUGAGGUUCCUGUGGAAUUAUAUACUGCAUUUCAGCAUACUCCAACAUCAAUUACUUUAACUGCUUCAAGAGUUUCCAAAGUUAAUGAUAAAAGAAGGAAAAAAAGCGGAGAGAAAGAACAACACAUUUCAAAAUGUAAAAAGGCAUUUCGUGAAGGAUCUAGGAAGUCAUCAAGAGUUAAGGGUUCAGCUCCAGAGAUUGAUCCUUCAUCUGAUGGUUCAAAUUUUGGAUGGGAGACAAAGAUCAAAGCAUGGAUGGAUCGAUAUGAAGAAGCAAAUAACAACCAGUAUAGUGAGGGUGUUCAGAGGGAGGCACAAAGAAUAGCUCUGAGAUUAGGCAAUGGAAAUGACAAAAAAGAGAUGAAUAAAUCAGAUUUGAAUACCAACAAUUUGCUCUUCAAACCUCCGGUAGAGAGCCAUAUACAAAAGAAUAAGAAAAUUCUUAAAUCUGCGAAAGAUUUGCCUCCUGAUGCACUUAUCAUUGAAUACAGAGGGAAGUUUAUGCUGAGAGAACAGUUUGAAGCAAAUGGGUAUUUCUUUAAAAGACCAUACCCUUUUGUGUUAUUCUACUCUAAAUUUCAUGGGCUAGAAAUGUGUGUUGAUGCAAGGACUUUUGGAAAUGAGGCUCGAUUCAUCAGGCGGUCUUGUACACCCAAUGCAGAGGUGAGGCAUGAAAUUCAAGAUGGAACCAUACAUCUUUAUAUUUAUUCUAUACACAGUAUUCCAAAGGGAACUGAAAUUACUAUUGCCUUUGAUUUUGACUAUGGGAAUUGUAAGUACAAGGUGGACUGUGCAUGCCUCAAAGAAAACCCAGAGUGCCCUGUUCUAAAACGUAGUUCUGAAUCCAUGGAAAAUAUCAAUAGUGGUUAUGAGACCAGACGGAAAAAAGGAAAAAAAGACAAAGAUAUUUCAAAAGAAAAAGAUACACAAAAUCAGAAUAUUACUUUGGAUUGUGAAGGAACGACCAACAAAAUGAAGAGCCCAGAAACUAAACAAAGAAAGCUUUCUCCACUGAGACUAUCAGUAUCAAAUAAUCAGGAACCAGAUUUUAUUGAUGAUAUAGAAGAAAAAACUCCUAUUAGUAAUGAAGUAGAAAUGGAAUCAGAGGAGCAGAUUGCAGAAAGGAAAAGGAAGAUGACAAGAGAAGAAAGAAAAAUGGAAGCAAUUUUGCAAGCUUUUGCCAGACUUGAAAAGAGAGAGAAAAGAAGAGAACAAGCUUUGGAAAGGAUCAGCACAGCCAAAACUGAAGUUAAAACUGAAUGUAAAGAUACACAGAUUGUCAGUGAUGCUGAAGUUAUUCAGGAACAAGCAAAAGAAGAAAAUGCUAGCAAGCCAACUCCUGCCAAAGUAAAUAGAACUAAACAGAGAAAAAGUUUUUCUCGGAGUAGGACUCACAUUGGACAGCAGCGUCGGAGACACAGAACUGUCAGCAUGUGUUCGGAUAUCCAGCCAUCUUCUCCUGAUAUAGAAGUUACUUCACAACAAAAUGAUAUUGAAAAUACUGUACUUACAAUAGAACCAGAAACUGAAACUGCACUAGCAGAAAUAAUUACUGAAACUGAAGUUCCAGCACUUAAUAAAUGUCCUACAAAGUACCCCAAAACAAAGAAGCACUUGGUCAAUGAAUGGUUAAGUGAGAAGAAUGAGAAGACAGGAAAACCUUCAGAUGGCCUUUCAGAAAGGCCUCUACGCAUAACUACAGAUCCUGAAGUGUUAGCUACACAACUCAAUUCUUUACCAGGUCUCACUUACAGCCCCCAUGUAUACUCUACUCCUAAGCAUUAUAUUAGAUUUACUUCACCAUUCCUUUCAGAAAAAAGGAGAAGAAAAGAACCUACUGAAAACAUUUCUGGUUCAUGCAAGAAGCGAUGGUUGAAACAAGCUCUGGAAGAAGAAAAUUCAGCAAUUUUACAUAGAUUUAAUUCACCCUGUCAAGAAAGAUCCAGAAGUCCUGCAGUCAAUGGUGAAAAUAAAAGUCCACUACUAUUAAAUGACAGCUGUUCCCUUCCAGAUUUAACUACACCACUAAAAAAACGAAGAUUUUAUCAGUUGCUAGAUUCGGUUUACUCAGAAACCUCCACACCUACUCCUUCCCCGUAUGCUACACCAACUCACACCGAUAUUACUCCUAUGGACCCAUCUUUUGCCACGCCUCCACGGAUAAAAUCAGAUGAUGAAACUUGUAGAAAUGGUUAUAAACCCAUAUAUUCACCAGUUACCCCAGUAACUCCUGGUACACCAGGAAAUACCAUGCACUUUGAGAAUAUUUCUUCCCCAGAAAGUUCUCCAGAAAUAAAGAGACGCACUUAUAGUCAAGAGGGAUAUGACAGAUCUUCAACCAUGUUAACAUUGGGGCCUUUUAGAAAUUCCAAUUUAACUGAACUGGGUCUGCAAGAAAUAAAGACUAUCGGUUAUACGAGCCCUAGGAGUAGGACUGAGGUCAACAGGCAGUGCCCUGGAGAAAAGGAACCUGUGUCAGACCUUCAGCUAGGACUUGAUGCAGUUGAGCCAACUGCCCUACAUAAAACCCUGGAAACGCCUGCACAUGACAGGGCUGAGCCCAACAGCCAACUGGACUCGACUCACUCUGGACGGGGCACAAUAUAUUCUUCCUGGGUAAAGAGCCCUGACAGAACAGGAGUUAACUUCUCAGUGAACUCCAACUUGAGGGACCUGACACCCUCGCAUCAGUUGGAGGUUGGAGGAGGCUUCCGAAUAAGUGAGUCAAAGUGCCUGAUGCAGGAUGAUACUAGAGGCAUGUUUAUGGAAACAACUGUGUUUUGUACUUCCGAAGAUGGGCUUGUAUCUGGUUUCGGACGGACUGUUAAUGACAAUUUGAUCGACGGGAGUUGCACACCCCAGAAUCCACCACAAAAGAAAAAGGUUUCUCUAUUAGAAUACCGUAAGAGACAACGUGAAGCUAGGAAAAGUGGCUCUAAGACAGAGAACUUUCCACUCAUUAGCGUAUCACCCCAUGCAAGUGGAAGCUUGAGCAACAAUGGUGAUGGCUGUGCCAGCAGUAAUGAGAAUGGGGAGCAGGUGGAACACACUGCUAGCCUACCUUUACCAACACCAGCUACAGUUUAUAAUGCCACUUCUGAAGAAACUAGCAAUAACUGCCCUGUUAAGGAUGCUACUGCCAGUGAGAAGAAUGAACCAGAAGUUCAAUGGACUGCCUCAACUUCAGUGGAACAAGUCAGAGAAAGGAGUUAUCAGAGAGCUUUACUUCUCAGUGAUCACCGAAAAGAUAAAGAUAGUGGGGGAGAAUCACCAUGUGUCUCAUGUUCACCGAGUCAUGUUCAGUCUUCACCUUCAUCUCAUUCAAAUCACAUACCCCAGUUGCAAGCUAAGGGCCCAGUCCCUUCUUUCAGUGAACUUAUGGAAGACCCUGAUCCUGAAAAUCCAGAACCCACAACUACAAAUGAAUGUCCAUCCCCAGAUACUUCUCAAAAUACUUGUAAAAGUCCUUCAAAAAUGAGCAAGCCUGGUUCACCUGGAUCUGUAAUUCCUGCUCAAGCACACGGGAAAAUACUCACAAAACCAGAUCCCCAAUGGGACUCCACAGUUAGUGCAUCCGAAGCUGAAAACGGUGUUCACCUAAAAACAGAGCUCCAACAGAAACAGCUAUCAAGUAACAGCCAAGCACUUUCAAAGAAUCAUCCUCCUCAGACACACGUUCGUAAUUCAUCUGAGCAACUUUCACAAAAGCUGCCUUCUGCACCAACAAAGUUGCACUGUCCUCCAUCACCUCACCUAGAAAAUCCUCCAAAGUCAUCCACGCCUCACACACCUGUACAGCUUGGUUAUCUUUCACCAAAGCCUCCUUCACAGCAGUUAGGAUCUCCCUACAGGCCUCAUCAUUCACAGUCACCUCAAGUUGGAACACCUCAGCGAGAGCCUCAAAGAAACUUUUAUCCAGCAGCACAGAACCUUCAAGCCAAUACUCAGCAGGCAACUUCUGGAACAUUAUUUACACAGACACCCUCAGGACAAUCUUCAGCAACAUACAGUCAGUUUAACCAACAAAGUCUGAACAGCACGGCACCACCCCCUCCACCUCCUCCACCUCCUUCUUCUUCGUCUUACUAUCAAAACCAGCAGCCCUCUGCAAACUUUCAGAAUUAUAAUCAGCUCAAAGGUAGUCUUUCUCAACAAACUGUGUUUACAUCAGGACCAAAUCAAGCACUUCCUGGCACCACAAGCCAGCAAACAGUUCCGGGACACCACGUGACUCCAGGGCAUUUUUUGCCCUCUCAGAACCCUACCAUUCACCAUCAAACUGCUGCUGCCGUAGUCCCCCCUCCUCCACCACCACCACCUGCUCCAGGACCGCACCUUGUACAACAGCCGAAUUCCCAUCAGCAACACUCUGUAGCACAUGUAGUAGGGCCUGUUCAUGCGGUCACCCCGGGGUCGCAUAUUCAUUCUCAAACUGCUGGACACCACUUACCCCCACCCCCACCCCCUCCUGCCCCUCAUCACCAUCCACCACCCCAUCCUUCCACAGGACUCCAAGGUCUACAAGCACAACACCAGCAUGUUGUAAAUUCAGCACCCCCACCACCCCCUCCGCCGCCACCUUCCAGUGUUUUGGCUUCUGGGCAUCAUACCACAUCAGCUCAGGCCUUACACCACCCACCUCAUCAAGGACCUCCACUUUUUCCUUCGAGUGCACAUCCAGCUGUACCACCGUAUCCCUCACAAGCUACACAUCAUACCACUUUGGGACCGGGACCCCAGCACCAGCCUUCUGGAACAGGGCCACAUUGUCCAUUACCUGUCACAGGUCCUCAUCUCCAGCCCCAAGGACCAAACAGUAUUCCAACACCUACUGCUUCAGGGUUCUGUCCUCAUCCUGGCUCUGUGGCCCUGCCACAUGGGGUUCAAGGACCUCAGCAGGCAUCUCCAGUGCCUGGACAGAUUCCAAUUCACAGAGCACAGGUGCCACCAACAUUUCAAAACAAUUACCAUGGGUCGGGGUGGCAUUAAAAUGGACUCCAAAAACAUUUUUUUAAAUGUUCUGUAAGAUAAACUGUAUAUUUCAUAUGUACCUGUUAAGGUACUUUUUAAAGCUUGUACAUGAACCUUUGUAUAAAAAACACCAGUGCUCUUUCGUUGUAUUUUUCUCAUUUUUGCUUUUUAAAAUUCCUUUAAAAAAUGUGCUGUUAAGCCAGUAUUAGGUAUCUUUAUUUUGUAAGUGAACAUUCCAGCUGUUUUUUCUGGCAGAUCUGAUGCUGAUUUGAUGCUGUAUGAUCUUUAAAUUUUAUUUUUGCAGUUAAAUUCAUUUAGUGAAUGUUCUAUUAUUUUAUACAUACACAUUAAGUACUCAGCUAAGUAAUGGCACUACAAGGAUUUUCUUUCUUUUUUUUUUUUUUUCUUUCCUGUCAGCAGUAGUUCUGUGAAUGCAUCUUAGGUAUAAAAAUGCAAUACAGAUUUUUAUAUUUUGGUGUGGACAUGGCUCAUUUUGUUUUACCAGUUAUUUGCAAGCAAAAUGUAAUUUAAUGUAUAGAUGAUUUCUAAUGUCUCCUGACAAACUGUAAAUACUGCAUUUCUUUUGCGUAUAUAAUUGCUUACAGCUUUUCUCAUUUGAUAUAUAGCAUUGUACAUAUGACAAGUCUUUUGCAAAACUGUGUGAUCUUUGUGAAAGUAGUACAGUAUAUGACCUUUAAUUUCUUUUUUAUUUUAAAUAUACUGUCACAUUGAAGCACUGGUUGGGCAUUUUAAUUCAUGUUAAUAAAUCACAAUUAUGUCAGUUUUA